GUGUGCCUGCGGAUGCUGAUGUGAUGCUGCGGCUGUAAUGCUGCUCCCAUCCCACCUGUACACGUCCUUCCAUUCACAUCUAGCAGAGGACCGUGCAGGUGCAGUAGAGCUGCAAUGUGAAUGAGGGGAAUGAAAAUGCAAGGCUGCCUUCUUUUCAAAAACAUUUUGUCACGGUGGACCUAAUCUUUGGAUUGGAUUGUGAAGUGAGUGUUGGCCGCUGAAAGAGAAUCAACCUGUGCAUUGUGCACAUUGCUGCCAGAUGGACUUUGCAAAGCUGCAAACCGAUGUUACAGUCUAAUAAAAUGGAGGACGGUUUUGAUUGCGACUGUGGCGAGCUUGAGCCACCUGAUCACUGAGGCUGAGAAAUAACUCCAUUCUAAAGGCCAGGCUCUUAACCAGUUAGUUUUCAGUAUCCGGAUACGCCAUAGGAAAAUUAUAUGUCAAGUGUAAUAAAUACAGAAGUAAAAAAAAAAGUGCAAAUCGGCACAUUGCUCAUGAAGCUGCUCAGGACCAGUUAUACACUGAACGUAUGCGCACUGUGAGGAUGCAACUGCAAGCUUUUAGAGCCUAACAUUUGUCAGUGCAUUUUGAAUUGGCUUCAUCAGACAUUCCACUCAUUCCCACAAGCCGCUCUGUUAAUAACCAUCCCCAAGAGUGGAUUUGGAAUUUUAAAUUAGUCCUCAUUCAAGAUGAAAAAGUUUAACUACGCUAUUGUGUCCUGCAUCUGACAGUGACGACUACACAGGGGAAGAGGUAGAGUACAGUGGUAGAGGGGGGUUACCGCAGGCUCUGAGGCUCUUCUACUAGUAUUAACAAAUUUGAGAAGACCAAGUGGAGUUUGGUGUAGGAGCCCUAAUCGUUAUCAUGGCAGAGAAGUUUGAGUCUCUAAUGAACAUCCAUGGCUUUGACCUGGGCUCUCGAUACAUGGACUUGAAGCCCCUCGGAUAUGGAGGAAAUGGCCUGGUAUUUUCAGCAGUUGACACAGACUGUGACAAGCGAGUGGCUGUGAAGAAGAUUAUCUUGACUGAUCCCCAGAGUGUCAAACACGCCUUGCGAGAAAUUAAGAUUAUAAGACGCCUGGACCAUGACAACAUAGUAAAGGUUUUUGAAACUUUAGGCCCCAGCGGUCGCAGGCUAACUGAGGAUGUGGUAUCCCUGACGGAGGUAAACUCUGUCUACAUAGUGCAGGAGUACAUGGAGACUGACUUGUGUCAGGUGCUGGAGCGAGGUCUUCUGUCCGAGGGCCACGCCAGGCUCUUCAUGUACCAACUUCUCCGGGGACUCAAGUACAUCCACUCUGCCAAUGUGCUCCACCGUGACCUCAAGCCCGCCAACCUGUUUGUCAACACAGAGGACCUGGUGCUGAAGAUUGGAGACUUUGGUCUGGCCCGCAUCAUGGACCCCCACUACUCCCACAAGGGUCACCUGUCUGAAGGUCUGGUCACCAAGUGGUACAGGUCGCCCCGCCUGCUGCUCUCUCCAAAUAACUACACUAAAGCCAUUGACAUGUGGGCUGCUGGUUGCAUCUUUGCUGAGAUGCUUACUGGGAAAACACUCUUUGCGGGGGCUCACGAACUGGAGCAGAUGCAGCUUAUACUGGAAUCCAUCCCUGUACUGCGAGAGGAAGACCGACAAGAGCUCCACAGCGUGAUACCUGUCUUCAUCCGUAACGACAUGUCAAAACCUCAGACACCACUGGUCAAGUUGUUGCCUGAUGUCAGUCCUCAAGCCCUGGAUUUCUUAGAGAAGAUCCUGACCUUUAACCCCAUGGAUCGUUUAACUGCGGAAGAGGCUCUUGCCCACCCUUAUAUGGCUGACUACUCCUUCCCCUUGGAUGAGCCUAUCUCUCUCCAUCCUUUUCACAUUGAAGAUGAAGUUGAUGAUAUCCUGCUCAUGGACCACAGCCACAGCCACACUUGGGACAGCCGGUAUCAUGAGAGCCAGUUGUCAGAGGCUGACUGGCACUUGCACAGCAUCCAUGACCCAGAUGAAGUCCAAGUGGACCCAAGAGCCCUCUCUGAUGUAACGGAUGAGGAGGUGGUUCAGGUGGACCCUCGGAAAUAUGCCGACGGAGAUCGGGAAAAGCUCCUGGAUGAGCCAUCCUUUGACUACUCCACUCUUUUCCCAUCAGAGCGGUCGUGGCAGGAUGAUCAUCAUGAAAAUAAAUACUGCGACCUUCAGUGUAGCCACACAUGUAACUACAAGGCAGUGUCCCCUUCCUACCUGGACAACCUGAUCUGGAGGGACAGUGAAGUCAACCACUACUAUGAGCCCAAGCUCAUCAUUGACCUCUCCAACUGGAAGGAGCAGCAGAGUAAGGACAAGGCAGACCGCAAGGCCAAGACAAAGUGUGAGAAGAACGGGCUGGUGAAGGCCCAGAUUGCGAUGCAGGAGGCAGAAAAGACCCAAUGUCCAACGGAAAAGGACAGCGAGCAAGAGAAACAUCAGACACAGCCGCAAAGUCAACAAGGCUUUGACUUUGACUCCUUCAUCGCCAGUACCAUCAAGUUGAGCCUUCAGCCUGAGCCUUGUCAAGAGGUGGCACUCAAUGAUGUGGGUCUUCUCAACGAGCUCAACUCUUCAGUCUCUCAGCUGGAGGCCCCUAGGACAGGCUCCAUGUCCAAGUCCAUAAGUCAGGAGAAAGAGGAGAAGUGCCUGGUGAACCUGGCCCAGUUAGGCGGUGGAGGCUUGGCAGUUGUCAGCGGUGAUGGUCCUUGGCCUGCGCACACAUGGGAGAGCUUCGGCUCCGGUGAACGAGUCGCAGAGAACGGCUGUUUAAUAGAUGAAGCAUGCUGGGACAGUCACAAAGAGAACCACUUCCAGAAGGAGAGCACUUACACCAGCUACCUGGACCGCCUGUUCAGCCGCAAGGAGGAGGUAGUUGGUGCGUCUGUGGCCACCCUGGAGACGGUGUCCUUGGAGGCCAGGGAAAGCGAGCUGGGUGAGAGUUUCCUUAGCAGGAGCACAGAGAUCGUGCUGAAUAUGCAGCUGGACUCUCUGGCCCUGCCUGGCUUUGACAGCGCCGACGAGCUGCCUCUAAAAUCCAUCCAGGCGUCCCUCACCCCCUGUGCUGUCAAAUGUUCUCCUCAGAUCGCCCACAAAACCUACAGCAGCAUCUUCAAGCAUCUUAACUAGAAACAACUCCUUCACAGUGCAAGAUCUUGUUUUGUUUGUCCUUUUUUUGUUAUAUGAUAUGAUAUAUUCUACUUGAAAUCAUUUCAUACAUUUUUUAAAUAUUAUUUUAAAAGUAAAUUUUAAGAGUUGAGAUGGGUGAUUUUCUUCUACUUAAGGAGUUUUUGGUCACUCUGAGCCUUGAUGCCCAGGCCUUCAUGGGUUCAUGUCUACGCCCUCAUUGCUAAACUGGCCUGUCACUCGCACACUUAAGUACUGUAGACAAACAGAAACUAGGCGGGGUGAAAGAUGGCUUUAGGAGAUGUAUGAUUUGGCUGUUAAGGUGUGACAAAGAAGGAAUGGCUAACAAUAGCAUUGCUGUCUGCUUUGUGCUUUGUUGAGGCCAUUUCAGAGAUGUAGGAAUAAGGAUGGAUUUUUUUUUGUUUAAUUUUGAUAUGACGUAAACGAAAGCUUCCUUUUACAGCCCUUUCAUACUGUAAAUGUGACACAUGAUGCCAGCAGCAACCAUUACCGUAGGCGUUAAUGUAAUGUGUUAUCUACCUCAAGGUAACAGCCGCGAGAGACACUCUAAGCCGCACUAGUGCUUUACACACAUGACCAUCCUCGUACCAUGAAAUGAAGUGGUCGCAUAGAUGAAAUCUCUCACUUCAGCAUUUAACAUAGUGAGGUGUUUUCAGUAAUCAUUAUUUAUUUCUAGCAGAUGUGCGAUAUUUAUUUUAUCAAAAUUUGUGUUAUUUCAAUGUGAUUAUUGAAGAGUGAGGAGUUAGGCUGACCAUUUUCAUUUCAGCACUAUUUGGGUGUCCAAGUGUUCCUUUCUUGUUUAACGGUAGGAAGCACAUUCAUCUGUUCUGUUGGAAACCAAGUUGAGGCUUUCUAUUUUCCAUCAAUGUUGUCAUAAUGGAUUUUUUUUAUUUAUAGGUGCAUUCUAUUGCUAGUGGAAAAACAACUAUAGUUUAUAGCAGCGCCUAAAAGUCUUAAUUUUUUUUUUAAACUAAAUGUAAUGUAUAAAACAUUGCGUGCAUGGAGGCAAGAGAAAGGUACAUUCAAAGUAAAGUUAAUGGUGAGUAUAACGUGCGUCUGUUUUUAAUUGUCUUUCUGUUUGUUUUGGUUAAAUUUCUAUAUUUUUUCCAAGCAAGCAUGAUAAUUUAGGUUAAGGUGUAGCAUGUAGGACACAUGGACUUUUUUGUAAUCAUUGGUUCCCCUGUUCUACAAAAUGUAAAAAUAAAAUUACUGGCGAAGAA